AUGGCGGCGCCGGAGGCGGAGGUGCCCACGACGGAGGAGAUGUCCGCCGCCAGGGAGGAGGACCCCGCGGUGGACGCGCCCGCGGGCGAGGAUCAGGCGCCGCCGCCGGCGACCACCGCCACCACGGUGCCCGCGCUCUACGUGGGCGAUCUGCCCGACAACGCCAAGGAGGACCACCUCUUCGAAGCCUUCAGCACCGUCGGCGCCGUCACCUCCGUGCGCGUCUGCCGGGACAACGCAACCAGCAGCUCACUCAGAUACGGAUACGUCAACUACUUCUCCCAGGCCGACGCCAUGACUGCUUUAGAGAAGAUGAAUCAUAGCUUUAUCUUGGACAAGGAAAUUAGAGUAAUGUGGUCUAAUCGAGAUCCUGAUGCGAGACGAAGUGGUGUUGGAAAUGUGUUUAUUAAGAACUUCAGUGAUCAUAUUGACAACGUAAUUCUUCAAGAGUUGUUCUCCAAGUUUGGAGAGAUAUUAUCUUGUAAAGUUGCUAGAAAUGAGGACGGGACAAGUCGAGGCUAUGGAUUUGUUCAGUUUGCAGCACAAGAAUCAGCAGAUAUAGCAAUAGAGAAUCUUAACAACUCUUACUUUGAGGGCAAGCAACUGCAUGUUGCUCAUUUUGUCAAGAAGAGUGAAAGGUCUGCCAAUAAUGAUGACAAAUAUACUAACCUGUACAUGAAGAAUCUAGAUGAUGACAUGACAGAGGAUCUUAUUAAGUUGAAGUUCUCUCAGUUUGGUCCAAUAAUUAGUGUGAAGAUAAUGAAGAGAGAUGAUGGAACAUCCAAGGGUUUUGGGUUCGUCAGCUUCAAAAACCCAGAAAGUGCCAAGAAAGCAAAAGAGGCUAUGAAUGGGAUGGCACUUGGAUCCAAAACUCUGUAUGUGGCAAGGGCUCAGAAAAAGGCUGAAAGAAAGCAAUAUUUGCAGCUCUUGCAUGAGGAGAAGCGAAAUGAAAUAAUCACCAAGAGCAAUGGUUCAAAUGUCUAUAUCAAAAACAUUAGCGAUAAAGUUGACGAUGACACUCUACGUGAACGUUUUGAUGAAUUUGGAAACAUUACAUCAGUAAAGAUUAUGCGUGAUGACAAGGGCAUUAGCAAGGGAUUUGGAUUUGUAUGUUACGCCACACCCGAUGAAGCAAAUUGUGCUGUAGGCAACAUGCGUGGUGUUAUGUUUUACGGCAAACCAUUGUAUGUUGCUAUAGCUCAAAGGAAAGAGGACAGAAAAGCUAGGCUGGAGCAACGUUUUGCUGAAUUUGCUACGAGGUCAGGAGCUGCAAGCCCUGUAAUCCCCACAGGGUAUCCUCAUGUGUAUUUUGCCCAUCCUAGUACGCACUUCCCUCAAGGUCCUUCAAGACAAGGAUUUAUGUAUCCACCCAUGGGGAUCGGACAAGAAUGGAGGCAGAAUGUGUUCCCUUCCCCUCAUAGCAUCCAACAGAUUCAUGCGCCUCUUAUGCCAAAUGCCCCAAGGCAAUACAGAAACAACAGGGGACGGAUGACUGGCAAUAUGAUGACUUUUCCUCACGCUGUGAACUAUGUGUCACACGCACAGACAGCUAAAGAUUUCAUGUCAAUGUCCCAACAGCAGUUCGGCCAUGCAAAGUACAUCCCAGCUGAUGUUAUGACGAAUGGCAUGGCCAUCCAUCAUGGUGACCAUGUUUCAUCAGGGAAUGAUCCAUUCAUCGAAUUGCUGGCUGCUGCUCCACCUGAUAAGCAAAGAGAUAUGCUGGGGAAUAGAAUAUAUCCACUGGUUCAGAGAUAUUAUCCUCAUCUUGCCAGUAAAAUCACUGGAAUGUUACUGGAGCUAUUACUGGAGCUAGAUACUAAACUCAUGGAAGCGAUGAUCCGAUCACCAGACAUGUUGUCUGCAAAAAUGAACGAGUGUGUCCAGCUGCUCCAGAAGCAGCCGCCAACAAAAACUGAGGAUCAAGAGGCCUUACACCCAGGCUUCGUCGACUCUACCGGUGUAAGCGCCAACUGA